AUGACGAUGAGAGCUGUUGGUGUAAGAAAAUAUGGUGGCUUAGAUGUAUUUGAAGAAUUAGAAAAUGUACCAAAACCUACACUAUCGUCACACGGAAAUGCUAGCACCGAUAUCUUAAUAAAAGUAAAAGCAUGUAGUGUUAAUCCAAUUGACGUUAAAGUACGUGGUGGUGUCUACGAUGAUUACCCGGAUUAUUAUGAUCAUGUAGAACCAAUGAAAGAUGGUAAUGAAAAAUAUCAAAUCUUAGGUUUUGAUGGUUCAGGUAUUAUUGAAGAUUUGGGUAAAAGUGUUGAACAAACAAAAUUUAAGAAAGGCGAUGAAGUUUACUAUUUAGCAUCACCAUUUCGUCAAGCAACAAACGCUGAAUAUGUUUUGGUUAAUCAAUCAUGUGUAGCUUUAAAACCGAAAUCCUUAACAUUUGAAGAAGCAGCUGGUGUUCCAUUAACAACGUUAACAGCCUAUCAGUCAUUGAUUGAACGUAUGAGAAUAGAAGAAAAUGAAAAGUGUGCUAUAUUAAUUAUAAAUGGUGCCGGUGGUGUGGGUAGUGCUGCAACACAAAUCUGUUCAAAAAUCUUGAAAUUACCCAUAAUCAUAUGUACAGCAUCAAAAGAAGAAACACAAAAUUUUUGUAAGAAAAUGGGUGCAACACAUGUUAUUAAUCAUCAUGAAGAUAUUCCGAAACAAAUUGAAAAAUUAAAUUUACAAAUACCAUUAAAAUAUGCUUACAUAACGCAUACGACAGUUGGUCAGUAUGUUAAGGAUUGUUCUGAAUGUCUAUCACCCUUUGGUACGAUGUGUAGUAUUGUACAAGGUAAAUUUGAAAUGUUUGGGACAAAAGCAAUGGCAAAAUCGUUAACAUUCUGCUGGGAUUUACUCGGUACACGUGGUUAUUACAAGAUAAAAUCAAAUGUUAUACAAGAACGGUUAGAAUUAUUUGCAAAAUUAAUUGACGAAAAACAAAUUAAAUCAACUGUAACAAAGACAUUUGAUUUCAGUUUAGAAAAUUUACGUAAAGUACAUGAUAUAGUUGAAAAUGGUGGAACAACUGGUAAAAUGACAUUAAAAAUGAGUUUUUAA